GUUGGCGGAAUGUGGGAUAUUGGAGCCCACUGGAGGCUGGAUUCUGAAGCCUGAACCUCACAGAUCCACUCGCCUCCCCUGAACACGUGUUAAAUAGUCAAACAUGCACGUUUGCUGAUCAAUACCGGGACACCGUUCAGUCUUGGAAGUUAGCGGAUCCUUCAGGCACUAUGAGAGGAGAUAUGGAGAUGGUCCCCAAAACUGAAACCAUCAACGGUCGUGCCCCAGCCCCCCAGGCAGAGAAGAAAAUGAAGGAGAGAGGACAGUGGAGCAACAAGCUGGAGUUUAUCCUCUCUGUGGCUGGCGAGAUCAUUGGGCUGGGCAACGUGUGGCGGUUCCCCUAUCUGUGUUACAAGAACGGUGGCGGUGCGUUCUUCAUUCCCUACCUCAUCUUCCUCUUUUCCUGUGGGAUUCCAGUAUUCUUCUUAGAGACUUCUCUUGGCCAGUUCACCAGCGAGGGAGGAAUCACUUGCUGGAGGAAGAUCUGCCCACUCUUUGAAGGUAUCGGCUAUGCUACCCAGGUUAUUGUAGCCCUUCUGAACUUCUAUUACAUCAUUGUCCUGGCCUGGGGAAUUUUCUACCUGUGCUUUUCCUUCACCUGGAAUCUGCCGUGGUCCUCGUGCAAUAACACCUGGAACACAGAAUCCUGCAGGGAGUUCCAGCGGAGAAAUGACUCUUUCAACUACAGCCACUCUCUCAAUGUAACUUCUCCUGUCAUUGAAUUCUGGGAGAGACGGGUCUUGAGGAUCUCUUCAGGGAUUGACCACAUGGGGGUCCUGCACUGGGACCUGGCGCUGUGCCUGCUUGUCGCCUGGCUCAUGUGCUACUUUUGCAUCUGGAAGGGAGUCAAGUCCACUGGAAAGGUGGUGUACUUCACAGCCACCUUCCCUUACGUGAUGUUGAUGAUCCUGUUAGUCCGAGGAGUCACUCUUCCAGGGGCAUCCAGGGGCAUCCAGUUCUACCUAUACCCUGACCUGGGACGGCUGGCUGAUCCUCAGGUGUGGAUGGAUGCUGGGACUCAGAUCUUCUUCUCCUAUGCCAUCUGUUUGGGCUGCCUCACAGCUCUGGGGAGUUACAACAAGUACAACAACAACUGCUACAGAGACUGCCUGGCCCUUUGCUUUCUAAACAGCGGGACAAGCUUCGUAGCUGGCUUUGCCAUCUUCUCCAUCCUGGGCUUCAUGUCGUAUGAGCAGAACGUGCCCAUUUCGGAGGUGGCAGAGUCUGGCCCAGGCCUGGCCUUCAUCGCAUACCCGCGCGCCGUCUCCAUGAUGCCCUUCUCCCCUCUCUGGGCGUGCUUCUUCUUCAUCAUGAUUGUGCUACUGGGGCUCGACAGCCAGUUUGUGUGCGUGGAGAGCCUGGUGACCGCCGUGGUGGACAUGUUUCCGUCGGUGUUCCGCCGCACCUACCGCAGGGAGCUCUUCAUCCUCGCCAUUACCGCCGGGUCCUACCUGAUGGGCCUCAUCAUGCUGACUGAGGGUGGCAUGUAUGUCUUCCAGCUCUUCGACUACUACGCUGCCAGUGGGAUGUGCCUCCUCUUCGUGGCCAUCUUUGAAACUGUCUGCAUUGCCUGGAUCUAUGGUGCUGACCGUUUCUAUGACAACAUUGAAGACAUGAUUGGCUACCGGCCUGGCCCUUUCAUGAAAUACUGCUGGCUGUUUUUCUCCCCAGCAACCUGCUUUGGAACAUUUGCAUUCUCCCUCAUUAAGUACACUCCUCUGAAGUACAACAAUGAGUAUGUGUACCCCUGGUGGGGCUAUGCCCUGGGCUGGCUGCUCGCCCUCUCCUCCAUGGUCUGCAUCCCACUCUGGGUGGCCUUCAAGCUCAGUACCACCGAGGGCUCUCUGAGAGAGCGCAUUUCCCUCCUCACCCAACCCUCCAAUGACUUGCCGAAAAGCAAGAGGGAGCAGCAGAAACUGCAGGCCAUAUUUGCUCCUGAUGGAGAAGGCGUCCAAUCGCAACUGGAGCCUAGCAAGGAGCACUACAUUCCCCUGCAGGAAAAGGAGUCGAACUUCUGAACCUUGGACACCUGCUAUGUCUUCAUACCUCAAACAUAACAGUGAAAUAAGAGCCGAUACUGUCCCAGAAUCCAUCACCCCAGGACAAUAGCUUUGGGAGCUCUGGACUUCAUUCAAGUGGCAGAAAAGGGGACCAGAAGUUACAAUAAUACAUGUUGUUGUAUUUUUCCGUAGUGGAGAAAUUAGCAAAUCCGGUGGAAAUGUUUUUGUUCAGUAUUAUCUAAAGAAGUAUAAGGCAUUUUAUUCAUGUGCUGCAUCUAGAAAAAAAAAUGAUAAAGGAUAUUUUUAGCUAAGUUGUACACUUGACUGGGCAUGUCACAAAUCCGGGAAACCUGGCAUCUUUACUGUAGUCACUAAGAUUUCACAUGCGGCACUAAACUGGCUUGUCUGUUACAAUCUGCACCCAAGCAAAAAGCUGAAAAGGAUUCAUUUCAUUUUAAACAGUGUGAAGAAGUGUAUCAUCCUAGUCAUACACUGUGGUGACUGAGGUCUUAUUUCAUCGACUUCUGAAGGACAAAAAUCAAAUUAGCAAUUAUUAAUUUUCAUUGAAGAUUUAAUUUAAUUGAAGAUUCAAUGAAAUUAACCUUUAAUGAACUUACUGUUCCAUUUAAAUACAUUUUCAAUGAUAAAUAUGUUGAAUUCUACACAGGUGUGUGAUAUUUUGAGGUAUAUCAGUGAUGGGAAUUAAAGUGUUCCAUUUUUUAUCUAACUUUUUUUCUGUAGGAAUAAUAGUACAAAAACGGGAUUUUAAAGUCAUCUUAAAAUUGUUUUUUUAUAAUACUUUCUGCAACAUUACUUUAGGCUUCCAAAAGUUUAACUUCCCAAGUUUUAAACAGGGUCUUAGCUUCGGAUCUUGUUGAACGCAAAUUUUAUGCCAGUAAUACUAAAUAACAUUUCCAUUUGAGACAACUGAAAUAUGUGCGAAGGCACUUGUAUUUCUUUUCAUUCUAAACGUGAUAUUUUCCAACAGCUCUGAGGAAACAGAGAAAGCGCUGCAACAAAAUUUCUUUUCUAAACGAUGUCUGUGAUACAUGCAACGUGAUCAACAUGAAAGAAUAAUGUUCUGUAGUUUGGAAGACUGUAUCAAAGAAAAUGUAUGUUUCAUAUGAAUGAAACUGGUUGUAUUCCCGUAAGUGGUGUGUGUUAUUCAAAUCAGAGAGUUGCUUAAGUCAUAAAUAAAAAUAUUUUAAGAACUAGUGGAAUUAAAAAAAACAUCUGCAUAA